AAAAACAAAGUCUGGAGUGAAAGAGAGACAAACGAUGGCAGAGGAGAUUAAAGAGAGAGACAGACGGACGCUGAGGGGAGACGUUAAGAAAGAAGCUGCAGAGAGACGAAGUGACAGCUUCAGAUCCAAAAACAGAUACAGAGAAGAAAGAGAGGAGGAGGAGCUGAGAGGGAGGAGUCAGGGAGGAGGAGCUGAGGAGGAGGAGUCAGGGAGGAGGGAGGCAGAUAAAAAAACAGCCGAGCAGAGCAGAGACGUCCAAAGUGAAGGAGAUCAGAGAGGAAAGUGUGUCAUCAGAGGACGAGUCAGCGCUGACAGACGAGAGAAGAAGACGUGGAAAAAGAGGAGGAGGAGGCACCAAACCACCCAGAGCGAGCUCACACUCCACAGCAGCUGAGAUCACAAGAAUCCCUGCGUCAGGAUGGAGAGCUAACUCACUCAGUAACUCGUGUUUAUAACCUUCUUAUCUCUGAGAGGAGGCGGCGCAGCAGAGUGCAUCAUGGGAACGUCCACCUGAACACCUUCCUCCUCUGGUUCCUCAUCCCAGCAUGCCGAGCAGAGUCUCCCACAGAAGGAGCUCCCUGGGCGGGGCGGGGGGGCUGCCUGGACUGAUGAUGAUGAUGAUGAUGAUGGUGAUGAUGACGAUGAUGAUGAUGAUGGUGGUGAUGAAGGUGGAGGCAGCGAGCCUGGAGGAGCUGGAGAGCGAGGAGAGUCUGGAGCUCCUGGAGGAGGACGAGGACGAGGAGGUGAGCGCGGAGAUCCUGGAGCCACCGUCCUCCGACCUGUCCCGGGUGUCCCCUCUCAGCUCCUGGAUCAUCUUCAGGAGAAACUCCAACAAGGGCGACAACCAGAGGGGUAAAGUGAGAAGGAGGAUGUCCAAGCAUGGUCUUCCAGGUCCUCCAGGACCUCCAGGACCUCAGGGGCCUCCAGGUCCCCCCGCCCCCCUCCUCCCCCAACAACAGGAGCUGAUCGAGGAUCUGCGGCUCCGACUGAGAGAUGCUGCAGGAGGAGUGUGUUCCAUGUGUGAUCGUCCUCCUCGUGUCUUCACUUCCUUCCUGAAUCGUCUCCUGCAGGACGUCACUGUCCCCCGACGCAGCCUGCUGGAGCUGCAGCCGUUCAGCCAGCCCUCAGGCUCAGAGCGCCCCCUGCAGAGAGGUCAGAGCUUCAACAGCAGCACGGGACGAUACACCGCUGUCGUCUCCGGGUUCUAUCAGCUGACCGCCAGCCUGCUGAUCGAAUCAGGUGACAGAGUCCAGAUGCGGCUGAGAGACAGUGUGAGGGCAGCGAUCUGCAUCGAGUCUCUAUGUCAGAGUAACCUGUGAGUAACACACCUCUCUCUCUCUCUCUGUCCCUCUCUCUCUCUCUCUCUCUCUCUCUGUCC